ACGUGGCUCCUGGAGGUAGAAGUAAGAGGCUUCACCCCUUUUGAAGCGGUGAAGAGCGGCCAUAGAGGGAUAAGAGAGAAGUGACUAGAGGCCGUCAUCGCUUUUAUCCUCCCAGCCUCUCGUGAGUCCGGUCGGCCUCACCACUCCUCUCCACCCAAAUCCAGUCUGUGGUCUCCUCCCCACGCCUCCCUUAUUCCCUCGCUAGCUCACCCCGCCCCUCGGGAAUCCUUUGCCUGCCCCCUCGCCCCCCGCGGAGUGCGCACGCGCCCGCCCCCAGCUUCGCGCCCAGAUCGCCGCCUAGCCUGCUCGCGCAGCCGCCGUCUCGUCUGCCCACCGACGAAGCAUGGGCGUCCAGGGCUUCCAAGAGUUCCUGGAGAAGCGCUGUCCCGGGGCUGUUGUGCCCGUGGACCUCCUCAAACUCGCGCGUACGGUCUCGCGCCAGCAGCAGCAGCAGCAGCAGCAUCGCCCGCUGCCGCCUACAGCAGCCCUAGCGCCCGGGGCUCCACGCGCCGCCAGGGGCUCCGCGCCUCUGCAACCGCCGCUCGCGCCCGCUGCCUUGGGUGCCUACUCCGGGGGCGCGGGGCCGACUCGGCACCAUCACCCCGCUCACCACUUCCACCAUCACGGCCAGGCGCACCCCGGGCUGCACCCGCCGCCGCCGCCCCCUCCGCUGCCCGGGGCCCGGGUGCUGGUGGACGCGGGCUCAGCGCUGCCUCGGCUUUAUGGCGGCUACCAGACGGAUUGGGUGUGUGGCGGCCAAUGGAACGCCAUGCUGGGCUACUUGUCAGCGCUAUGUCAGGCUUGUGCCUAUCCCGGCGGCGACGGCUUGGAGCUGGUGGUCAUGUUCCCCGGGGGCCUGGGCAAGGACCGGCUGGCCGAGUGGGGCCGUCGGUGCCAGGCCGAGCGGCAGACAGCGCAACUGAUCGUGGGACACGUGGGCAACAAGGGCACCCCUCCUCCACGGGCCUGGUUCCUGCCACCGGCCUGCCUGAGCCACUGCGUGAGGCUAGCGCUCAUCCGCUUCCGGGUCAAGGUCUUUCAGAGCCUUGAAGACCACCAUUUGGAAGUGGUGGCUUUUUUCAGGGAAAAUGGCUUCCAUGGCCUUCUUGCCCAUGACUCCGAGUAUGCUCUCUACAAUAUUCCCUCUUACUAUAGUUCCCACGCUCUGAAGCUGAGCUGGAAUGGGAAGAACCUUACUACCAACCAGUUCCUGAUGCAGGAGGUGGCCAAGCAGCUGGGCCUGAAGCGGAUGAAUUUUCCCAUAUUUGCUGCAUUGCUAGGUAACCACAUUCUCCCAGAUGAGGACCUGGCCGCUUUUCACUGGAGCCUCUUGGGACCAGAACAUCCCCUUGCAUCACUUAAGGUCAGAGCUCAUCAGCUGGUUCUUCCUCCCUGUGAUGUGGUAAUCAAGGCUGUUUCUGAGUAUGUUAGUUCCAUCAAAGACCCCUCAAACCUGGAUGUGGUUGGGAAGGAUGUUUUCAAACAGUCUCAGUCCAGGACAGAAGAUAAAAUAGAACGAUUCAAGAAAGCAGUUGAGUACUAUUCAGUCACAACCAAACUCUCUUCGCUGCCAGUGGGUCCCUCCUCCUUUCUAGGUUUUCGGAAUAAUCGACUUGGAAAUCCUCCCAUUCCACGAAAUCAAAUGGGCACUAUCUCUGCUGGAAAGCCAAUGUUUUCUCACCACGUGCCCCAGAAAAUGAAAUAUCCACCACCAUUCCCAGUGGGACCCAACUCCUCUCUUCUCUUCUCCCCCCAUGCUUUGGGGGAAUCCCAUGCUUUUUCUGAGGAUCCCAUGCUGCAGGACAGCCCCUUUGCCAGUUGGGCUGUCUCUUAUGAUUCCUCUGCAUCCCAGUUUCCCAAUUACCUGACUUCCAAAGCCUCACCUCCUUUGGGACCAGACUCUUCCCACUCCUCUUCCUCUGAUGCUGAUGAGCCAAAUGGAGCCAGCUCUGAUCACAUCACAGAAACACUUCAGCAGCAGCCUGGAUGGGAGGAUCCAAAUGGUGACAGAGGGUCUUGGGUACAGCCUAUCGAUGCUGGAGUUUCAGAUGCCAGCCUGGGUGAUGGUGAGCCCCACAUCCCAUCUCUGCUGUCUAUGUCUACGAGGAACCAUAUGGACAUCACCAUUCCACCCUUACCUCCAGUAGCUCCAGAAGUCUUGCGGGUUGCUGAACACAGACAUCGAAGGGGUCUUAUGUACCCAUAUAUCUACCAUGUCCUCACUAAGGGUGAGAUUAAGAUCCCUGUAUGUAUUGAGGAUGAGUGUAACAUGGAGCUGCCUCCAGCUGCUCUCCUGUUCCGGUCGGCUCGUCAAUAUGUAUAUGGGGUCCUUUUCAGUCUGGCAGAGACACAGAGGAAAAUGGAACGCCUGGCCAUACGGCGGCGGUUGCCUGUAGAAGUUCCUUCAGUGAUCCUUAAAGAGUGGUCUGCCUAUAAAGGGAAGUCACCUCAAACCCCUGAGCUGGUGUCUGCCCUGACAUUUCGGGAAUGGACUUGCCCAAACCUCAAGAAGCUCUGGCUAGGCAAAGCAGUUGAGGACAAGAACAGAAGGAUGCGUGCCUUCCUGGCCUGUAUGAAGUCAGACACACCCAGUAUGCUCAAUCCGGCUAACGUCCCCACCCAUCUGCUGCUCAUGUGCUGUGUACUCCGAUUAUUUUCUAUUAAGGAGACACACUUAGAGCAAAGAUAUAAAUAGGUUGAAAGUAAAAGGAUGGAAAAAGACAUAUGUACAAACAACAACCAUAAGAUUGCUGGAGUGACUAUACUAAUAAUCAUUAAUAACCAGACAAAAUAAACAUUAAGACAAUAAAAUGUUACUAGAGACAAGAGAGACAUUUUAUAAUAAUAAAAGCAUCAAUUCAUCAGGGAGCUGUAGCAAUUAUAAAUAUAUGUACUUAACAAAAGGGCCCAAAAACACAUGAAGUGAAAACUGACAGAAAUGGAAGGAGAAAGAGACAAUUCAACAAUAAAAAUUAGAGACUUCAAUGCCCCACUUUCAAAAAUGGAUACAACAACUAUGCAGAAGAUGAACAAGGAAAUAAAAGAUAUGAUCUUACAUGUAUAAAACCCUAAAGACCCCAGGAAAACUGUCAGAACUAAUAACUGAAUUUAGUGAAGUAGCCCAGCGGUCCCCACCCUUUUUGGCACCAGGGACUGGUUUCGUGGAAAACAAUUUUUCCACGUACCGGUGGUGAGGGGGUGAUAGUUCAGGCGGUAAUGCAAGCAAUGGGGAGCCACAGAUGAAGCUUUGCUCACUUGCCCAUCACUCACCUCCUGCUGUGCAGCCUAGUUCCUAACAGGCCACGGACCGGGACCCCUGAAGUAGCAGGAUACAAAGUCAGCACAGAAAAAUCAGUUGCUUUACUAUACAGAAACAAUAGACAAUUAUAAAAGCAAUUCCAUUAAAAAAGCAUCAAAAAGAAUAAAUUAAUUAGGAAUUAACUUCACCAAGGAGGUAAAAGACUUGUACAGUGAAAACUACAAAGUGUUGCUAAAGAAGUUAAAGACAUAAAUAAAUGGAAACACAUCACAUCCUCAUGGAUUGGAAGACUUCAUAUAGUUGAAAUGCCACCCAAAGUGAUCUACAGAUUUAAUGCAGUCCUUAUCAAAAUCCCAAUGAUAUUUUUGGCAAAAAUAGAAAAACUCAUUCCAGAAUUCAUAUGGAAUCUCAAAGGGCCCCAUGUAGCCAAAACAAUCUUGAAAAAAGUAAAACAAAACAGGAAGACUCACACUUCUGAUUUCAAAACGUACUACAAAGCUACAAUAAUUAAAACAGUGUGGUAUUGACAAAAAGACAUAUGUAGACCAAUGGAACAGAAUAGAGAGCUCAGAAGUAAAUCUUCACAUUUAUUGUCAAAUGAUUUUUGACAGGGGUGCCAAGACCACUUAAUGGGGAUAAGACAGUCUUUUCAACAAAUGGUGCUGGGAAAACUGGAUAUCCAUAUGCAAAAGAGUGAAGUUGGACUCUCACCUAACACCAAAAUACAAGAUUUAACUCAAAAUGGAUCAAGGAACUAAACAUAAGACUUAAAACAAUAAAAUUCUUAGAAGAAAACAUAGGACAAAAGCUUCACAAUAUUGGAUUUGGCAAUGAUUUCCUGGAUAUGCCACCAAAAGCACAGGUAACCAAAGAACAAAUAGACAAAUUGGACUUCAUGAAAAUUUUUUAAAAUCGUGCAUCAAAGAAACUAUCCACAGAGUAAAAAGGCAACUCACAGAAUGGGAGAAAGUAUCUGCAAAUCAUUUAUCUGAUAAGGGAUUAAUAUCCAGAAUAUAUAGAAAACUUCUAAAAUUGAACAAGAAAAAAAAACAAACAAUUCAAAAGGGGGCAAAGGACUUGAAUAGACAUUUCUCCAGAGAAGACAUAGGAAUGACAAAUAAGCAUAUGAAAAGAUGCUCAACAUCACUAAUCAUUAGGGAAAUGCAAAUCAAAACUGCAAUGAGGGCUUCCCUGGUGGCGCAGUGGUUGAGAGUCCGCCUGCUGAUGCAGGAGGCAUGGGUUCGUGCCCCGGUCCAGGAAGAUGCCACAUGCCGAGGAGCGGCUGGGCCCAUGAGCCAUGGCCGCUGGGCCUGCGCGUCUGGAGCCUGUGCUCCGAAACGGGAGAGGGUGCAACAGUGAGAGGCCCGCGUACUGCAAAAAAAAAAAAAAAAACCGCAAUGAGAUACUACUUCAUAUCCACUAGGAUGGUAAAGGUCAAAAAAUAGAAAAUAACAAAUGUUGUCAAAGAUGUGGAGAAAUUGGAACGCUUGUGCACUGUUGAUGUGAAUAUAAAAUGGAUAGCUACUGUGGAAAAUAGUAUGGUGGUUCCUCAAAAAAUUAAAAAUAGAAUUGCCAUAUGAUCCAGCAAUUCCACUUCCAGCUAUAUAGCCAAAAGAAUUGAAGGCAGGGUUUUAAAGAAAUAUGUGUAUAUUCAUGUUCAUAGUAGCAUUAUUCACAGUAGCUAAAAUGUGGAAGCAACACAAGUGUCCAUCAAGUGAUGAAUGUGGUAUAUACAUACAAUGGAGUAUUAUUCAGCCUUUAAAAGGAAGGAAAUUCUACAAUACGCUACAACAUGGAUGAAUCUUGAGGACAUUAUGUUAAGUGAAAUAAGCCAGUCGCAAAAAGACAAAUACUGUAUGAUUCCACUUAUAUGAGCUACAGAAUUGGGGUGGGGAAGAAUGGGUAGGUAUUGUUUAAUAGGUAUAGAGUUUCAGUUUAACAAGAUGAAAAGAGUUACGGGGAUGGAUGGUGGUGAUGGAUGCACAAUGUGACUGUAUUUAAUACCACUGAACUGUACAUUUACAAAUGGUUAAGAUGGUAAAUUUUAUGUUAUGUGUAUUUUACCACAAUUUUUUUAGAGUAUGACAAAACAGACAAUUAAAACCAAUAAAUGAGGGCUUCCCUGGUGGCACAGUGGUUAAGAAUCCACCUGCCAAUGCAGGGGACACAGGUUCGAUCCCUGGUCCGGGAAGAUCCCACAUGCCCCAGAGCAACUAAGCCCGUGCUCCACAGCUACUGAGCUUGCAUUCUAGAACCCAUGAGCCACAACUACUGAGCCCGUGCACCACAACUACUGAAGCCCAGGCACCUAGAGCUUGUGUUCUGCAACAAGAGAAGCCACCGCAAUGAGAAGCAUGUGCACCGCAACAAAGAGUAGCACCCGCUCUCCACAAGUAGAGAAAGCCCAUGUGCAGCAACGAAGACCCAAUGCAGCCAAAAAUAAAUAAAUUAAAUAAAUAAAUUUUAAAAAUAAAUGAGUUCAACAAAGUCACAGGAUAUAAGAUCAAUAUACAAGUAUCAAUUGUAAUUGAUACACUAGUAAUCAAUAUUCCAAAAUAAAAUCAAGAGAACAACUCCUUUUAUAAUAACCUCCAAAAGAAUGAAAUACUUGGUAUAAAUUUGAGAAAAGAAGUUCAAGACUUGUAAAUUGAAAACUACAGUUAAAGAAGAUUUAAAUAAAUGUAAAAACAUCCCUUGUUCAUGUAUAAGAAGACAUAAGGUUGUUAAGAUGGCAGUAGUCCCCAAGUUUGAUCUCCAUAUUUAACAUAAUCCAAAAUCCCAGAUGGCUUCUUUGCAGAAGUUAACAAGCUGACACUAAAAUUAAUGUGUAAAUGCAAUGGGCUCAGAGUAGCCAAAACAAUCUUGAAAAAAAGAACAAAGUUGUAGAUUCACACUUCCCAAUUUUAACAUUUACUACAAAAGCUACAGUAAUUGAGAUAGUGGCAUAUGGAUAGGCAUUUAAAUGAAUGGAGUACAGUUGAGUUCCCAGAAAUAAACCCUUCCAUUUAUGGUCAAUUGAAUUUUGGCAAGGGUACCAAGAUAAUUUAAUGGGGAAAAAUAGUCGUUUCAGCAAAUAGUUUUGUGAUAACGAUAUUCAUAUGCAAAAGAAUGAAGUUGGACCUCUACCUCACAUCAUACACAAAAAUUAACUCAAAAUGUAUCAUAGGUGUAAAUGUAAGAGCCCAAAUUAUAAAACCUUUAGAAGACAACAUGUGUAAAUCUUCAUGAUCUCAGGUUAAACAAUGGUUUCUUAGAUAUGAUGCUAAAAUCAUAAGUAGCAAAAAGAAAUUAUAUAAAUUGGACUAGAUCAAAACUAAAAGCUUGUGUGCUGGAGACAAUGCCAUGAAGAAAGUGAGAACACAACUCACAGAAUGGGAGAAAAUAUUUGCAAAUCAUAUCUGAUAAGGGUAUAGUAUCCAGAAUGUAUAAAGAAUUCUUACAACUCAAUAAUAAAGGAGAGAUAAUUUAAUUUUUACAAUGGACAAAAAAAUUCAGUUGACAUUUCUCCAAAGAAGAUAUGUAAAUGGCCAAUAAGCAUAUGAAAAGAUACUCAACAUCACUAAUCUUUAGGAAACUGCAAAUCAAAAAUACAAUGAGAUACCAGUUGACACACAUUAGGGUGGCUAUAAUCAAAAAGACAGACAACAGGUGUUGGUGAGGAUGUGGAGAAAUUGGAACACUGCUGGUGAGAACAUAAAAUGAAGACACAUAUUCACAAAGAAACAUGUUCAUGAAUAUUCAUAUAACAUUACUCAUAAUAUCCAAAAAGUGGAAACAACUCAAAUGUCCAUCAGCUGAUGAAUGGGUUAACAAAAUGUGGUAUAUUUGUACAAUAGAAUAUUAUUCAACUAUAAAGAGCAAUUAACUAUGAUUUAUGCUAUAACAUGGAUGAACCCUGAAAAACAUUAGGCUAAGUGAAAUACACCAGUCACAAAAUGACAUAUAUUAUAUAGUUCUAGUUAUAUGAAAUGUUCAGAAUAGGUAAAUCUGUAGAUGUGUGGUUGCCAGGGACCUGGGGGAGGGGCAAAUGUAGAGUGAUUGCUAAUGGAUAUGAGGUUUCUUUUUGGGUGAUUUAAAUGUUGUGGAAUUAUUUAGUGGUGAUGGUUACACAGCCCUGUGAAUAUACUAAAAACCAGUGACUUAUACACUUUUAAUACAUGAAUUGUAUACUAUAAUAAUUUUAUCUCAAUAAAGCUGUAAAGUAGAAAGGAAAGUGAAAUAGAUCCCCAGAUAACCAAAGAUUAAGAGAAUUUAUUGCUACCAAUUUGCCAUACAAGAAGUAUUAAAAGAUGUCCUUCAGAUUGAAAGGAAAUGACACCAAAUGAAUGAAUAAUAACCAUCUGUAAAGGUAAUUACAUAGAUAUAUAUAAAAAGUGGUAUAAAUAUAUUUUUUCUCAUUUAUUCACUUAACUGAUUUAAAAGACAACUGCGUAAAUCAAUAAUUAUAAAAUUUUGUGUUGGUUUUAGAAUAAUGGUAUAAUAUACAUGAAAAUAAUAAUGCAAUGGAGGGAGAAAAGAAGUGAACUCUUUGGAGCAAUGUUUCUACCUCCUACUGGAAUUACUUAGUACUAAUUUGAUGUGGUUUGUCAGUUAAGAUGUAUUUCAGGGUUUUUUUAAUAUAAAUUUAUUUAUUUUUGGCUGCAUUGGGUCUUCGUUGUUGUGUGCGGGCUUUCUCAAGUUGCGGCAAGCAGGGGCUACUCUUUGUUGUGGUGCCAGGCUCAGUAGUUGUGGCGCACGGGCAUUGUCGCUCCGUGGCAUGUGGGAUCUUCCCGGACCAGGGAUCGAACCCGUGUCUCCUGCAUUGGCAGGCAGAUUCUUAACCAUGAGCCACUAGGGAAGCCCAGUUAAGAUGUAUUUUGUAAUCUACACAGCAACCAUUAUGAAAAUAACUAAAAAUAUAUAAAAAACCAACAAAAAUAAUUAAAAUGCUACACUGGAGAGUAUCUAUUUAAUGCAGUAGAAGGCAGUAAAAGAAGAACAAACAAAAAAGUUAUGAAACCUAUAAAUCUAAACAUAUCAACAACUACAUCAAAUGUAAAUGGACUGAACAUUCCAGUCAAAAGGCAGAGAUUGUGAGAUUGGAUACAAAGCAUGGACUAUCUACAGGAGAUAUACUUUAAAGUCAAAGACACAAAUAGGUUGAAAGACAAAGAAUAGAAAAAAUAUACCAUGCAAACAAUAACCAUAUGAGAAUUAUAAUAGCUAUACUAAUAUCAGACAAAAUAGACUUUAAGACAAGUAAUGUUACUGUAGACAAAUAAGAUUUUGUAGUGAUAAAAGGGUCCAUUCAUCAGGAAGAUAUAAUAAUUAUCAAUAUAAACAUGUAUUCCUAACAACAGUGUCCCUAAAUACAUGAAGCAAAACCUGGUAGAAUUUAAGAAUGAAAUAGACACUUCAACAAUGAUAGCUGAAAGCUUCAAUACCCUACUCUCAAUAAUGGCUGGAACAACUAGACAGAAAGUCAGCAAAAAUACGGAAGACUCAUGCAACCAACUUGACCUGAUCUGAUAAAAAUGAUGAAUUUAGAUCCCUCACACUAUACACAAAAAUUACUCAAAAUGGAUCAUAGACCAAAAUGGGAUAGUUAAAACUAUCAAACUUACAGGAGAAAAUUUUCAUGAUUUUGGGUUAGGUGAAGAUUUCUUAGAUACAACCGCCAAAGCAAAAGUCACCUAAAAAAAAUAGAUUUCAUCCAAAUACGAAACUUUUACGCUUCAAAAGCCACCAUUAAAAAACUGAAAAGACAAACCACAGACUGGAGAAAAUAUUUACAAAUCAUAUAUCUGAUAAAGGACUCAUAUCAAUAUAUAAAGAACUCUUAAAAUGUAUAAGAAAAUAAACAACUCAAUCUAAAAAUGACUAAAAGGGACUUCCCUGGUGGCGCAGUGGUUAAGAAUCCGCCUGCCAAUGCAGGGGACACGGGUUCAAUCCACGGUCCGGGAAGAUCCCACAUGCUGCUGAUCAACUAAGCCCGCACGCCACAAUUACUGAGCCUGCACUCUAGAGCCCACAAGCCACAACUACUGAGCCUGCGUGCCACAGCUACUGAAGCCCAUGCGCCCAGAGCCCGUGCUCUACAACAAGAGAAGCCACCGCAAUGAGAAGCCCGUGCACUGCAAUGAAGAGUAGCCCCCACUCGCCGCAGCUAAAGAAAGCCCACGCAGCAACAAAGACCCAACACAGCCAUAAAUAAAUAAAUAAACAAAUAAAUAAAAGAAAUAAUAAUUAAAAUGAGUAAAAGAUGUGAAUAGACAUUUCACCAGAGAAGACAUAAGUUUGGAAUAUAAGCACAUGAAAAAAUUCUCAACUUCAGUAAUCAUUGGGAAAAUGCAAAUUUAAACCACAAUGAAACACCACUUCACUCAGCUGGAAUAAUUAUAAUAAAAAAGACAGACAAUGACAAAUGUAGGCCUGGCUGCAGAGAAUUGGGAUUCCCUCAUACAUUGCUGGUGGGAAUUUAAAGUGGAGAUUAGUUUGGCAUUUUCUUAGAAGGUUAAACAUAAAUUAUCAUAUGACUCAUUUAUUUCACUCCUAGGUAUCUACCCAAGAGCAUUGAAAAGAUAGGUCCACACUAAGACUUGCACAUGAAUGUUCAAAGAAACAGUAUUCAUAAUAGUCAAAAAGUAGAAAUAACUCAAAUAUCUAUUAACUGGUAGAUGGAUAAACGUGUGAUAUGUCCAUCAAUAAAAUAUUACUCAGCAGUAAAAUCAAACUACUGGUGCAUGUCAGAGCAUGAAUCAACCUCAAAAUCAUUAUGCUUCGUGACGAUGAAAGAAAUCAAAGAAAGUUCAUACACUUACCACUGAAAAACUCAGUUCUCAAAUUGAUCUGUAGGUUUAUUACAAAACCUGUGGGCUUAAUGCAAGGAUUUAAUGGAUGUAGACAAACUUAUUCUAAAAUUUAUAUAGAAAGGCAUAGGCCCUUACAAUAGCUAAAACAAUCUUGCAAAAGAAGAAAGAAGUAUAGGAAUCACUCUACCCAAUAUUGAGGCUUAAUAUUGUAGCUAAAGUAGUCAAGACAAUGGAGGUAUUUGCUAACUGAUAAACACAUAGGUCAAUGGAACAAAAUUAAGAACCUAGAAAUAGAACAACACAAAUAUGCUCAACUGAUUUUUUACAAAAGUGCAAAAACAAUUCAGUGGAGAAAGGAUAGCCUUUUCAACAAAUGGUGUUGGAACAAUUGGACAUCCAUAGGCCAACAAACAACACUUCGACCUAAACCUCAAACAUUAUACAAAAAUUAACUCAACCUUGUUUAAGGAAGGCAUCCUAGGAACUUGCUUAAAAAACUGGGAAUUUUUGAAGAAAGCACUAACCAUUCUGUCUCUAGACUGCUGUUCUAAUCUACAGAUCCUGGACUUGAGUUGCCACAUUUCCUGCCUCCAGCCAGCCCUACUCGCUUCAGACUGGCCUCCACAAUCUUAAUUGGCAAGAGCCAAUUCCUCAGUACCUAUUCUGUUGCUCCUGUUUGUUCUGAAUUCAGUGGUUUUUGUGUCCUGACAGACUCCUUGGUUUGUCUCGAGGCUGAAGUCAAGGGGAGAUUCUCUCAGCAACCAAGGACCUCUCUGUUCAGUCCUGAAUGGGUUUCUCCUCCAGUUGCAGGGCUUGUCCCUCUACUUGUGCUACUAAAUGUAUAAAAGUAUAUAGUUAUACCAUCCCCUAGAUUCUCUAACUGUUGAAUAUAUUGUGCAGUAUUAAAUACAUUGCACCCUUAAAGCUGUCUGUCCAUUUAAAAACUCUGAACAAAGGGCCACCAUAUACUUGAGCUCAGUGUUUGGUGAAGUUUAAAUGUAAAUAAAAUAAAAAUACUAGCAUAUCUCCCCCCAAAAUCAACUCAAAAUGGAUCAUAGACUUAAAUGUAAAUAUAAAACUAUACAAAUUUUAGAAAGAUGGAAAUAUUUUCAGGUUCUAGAGCUAGGCAAAUUGUUCUUAGACUUGUUGCCAAAAGCAUGAUCCAUAAAAGGAAAAAUUUAUAAAUUGGACCUCAUCAGAAUUAAAAACGUUUGCCGGUUGAAUGCCCAUGUAAGGAGGAUGAAAAGACAAGCUACGAAGUGGGAGAAAAUAUUUGCAAACCACAUAUUUGAGAAAAGCCUAGUGUCUAGAAUAUAUAAAGAGCUCUCAAAACUCAUCAAGAAAAAACCAGACAAAUAAUUUAAUUAGAAAAUGGCAAAAUACAUGACAUUUCACUGAAGAGGGUAUACGAUGACCAAAAAACACAUGAAAAGAUGUUCAAUAUUAUUAGCCAUUAGGGAAAUGCAAGUUAAAACCACAAUGAGAUAUCAUUACACACCUCUCAGAAUGGCUCAUGUAAGAAAUAAUGAUAAUACUACAUGAUGGGGAAAACACAAACUGGAUCAUUCAUACAUUGGUGUUGGAAAUGUAGAAUGGUACAGUCACUUUGAAAAACAAUUUGGCAGUUUCUUUAAAAACCACUGUACAACUCAGCAAUUGCACUGUUGGGCAUUUACCCCAGAGAAGUGAACAUUUACGUCCCCACAGAAACCUGUACACUAAGGUCACUAAUGUUUAUAGCACCUUUAUUCUUUCAUUUAUUUAUUUAUUCUUUUAUUUAUUUAUUUAUUCAUUCAUUCUUUCUUUUAUUUAUUCAUUCAUUCAUUUAUUUAUGGCUGCAUUGGGUCUUCAUUGCUGCUCGUGGGCUUUCUCUAGUUGCAGAGAGCGGAGGCUACUCUUCGUUGUGGUGCAACGGCUUCUCAUUGCGGUGGCUUCUCUUGUUGCGGAGCACGGGCUCUAGGUGCGUGGGCUUCAGUAGUUGUGGCACGCAGGCUCAGUGGUUGUGGCUCGAGGGCUCUAGAGCACAGGCUCAGUAGUUGUGGCACAUGGGCUUAGUUGCUCAGCGGCAUGUGGGAUCUUCCCGGACCAGGGUUCGAACCUGUGUCCCCCGCAUUGGCAGGCAGAUUCUUAACCACUGCACCACUAGGGAAGUCCCAGGACCUUGAUUCGUAAUACCCCAAAGUUGGAAGCAACUCAGAUUUCUCUCAGUGGAUGAAUUAUUCAACUAUUGUACACACAUAUGAUGGAAUUCUACUCAGCAAUGAAAAGCAACAAACUUUUUUUUUUUUGUCUACACCAAGCGGCUUGCAGGGUCUUAGUUCCCAGACCAGGUAUUGAACCCAGGCCCUCGGCAGUGAAAGCGUGGAGUCCUAACCACUGGACCACCAGGGAAUUCCCAAAAAGCAACAAACUUUUAAUAACACACAACUUAGAUGAAUCUUAAAGGAAUUGUCUUAGGUAAAAAAGCCAAUCCCCAAAGAUUACCUGCUGUGUGAUUCCAUUUAUAUAACAUUGCUGAAAUGACAAAAUUAGGGAAAUGAAGAACAGAUUAGUGAUUGCCAGGGGUUAAAUACAUCAGUGGGGGAAGAAGAGAGGUGUGGUUAUAAAAGGUAAUAUGAGGGAUCCUUGUGGUAGAACUGUUCUAUAUCUUCUUUUUUUAACAUCUUUAUUGGAGUACAAUUGCUUUACAAUGGUGUGUUAAGUUUCUGCUGUAUAACAAAGUGAAUCAGCUAUACAUAAACAUAUAUCCCCAUAUCUCCUCCCUCUUGCGUCUCCCUCCCACCCUCCCUAUCCCACCCCUCUAGGUGGACACAAAGCACCGAGCUGAUCUCCCUGUGCUAUGUGGCUACUUCCCACUAGCUAUCUAUUUUACAUUUGGUAGUGUAUAUAUGCCCAUGCCACUCUCUCACUUCGUCCCAGCUUGCCCUUCCCCCUCCCCGUGUCCUCAGGUCCAUUCUCUACAUCUGCGUCUUAUACCUGUCCUGCCCCUAGGUUCUUCAGAACCAUUUUUUUUUGGAUUCCAUAUAUAUGUGUUAGCAUACGGUAUUUGUUUUUCUCUUUCUGACUUACUUCACUCUGUAUGACAGCACCAUAUAUAUAUAUAUUUUUUUAACAUCUUUAUUGGAGUAUAAUUGCUUUACAAUGGUGUGUUAGUUUCUGCUUUAUAACAAAGUAAAUCAGCUAUACAUAUACAUAUAUCCCCAUAUCUCCUCCCUCUUGCGUCUCCCUCUCACCCUCCCUAUCCCACCCUGCGGCUGCUUCCCACUAGCUAUCUAUUUUACAUUUAGUACCAUAUAUCUUUAAGCCCUUUAAAAAUUAAUUUUAUCAGAGAAGAUAUACAUGGAACACCUACUGUGUAUAAGGUACUGUUAGAUUACAAGGUUAAAAUAAAACUCGGUUAAUACCCUCAAGUUCCCCCAGACUGUCCAACAAACAUCUACUAAGCACCCAUAGGUGCUGGGGAAACAGAUAUGAGAAAGACCUAGUCUCUGUCUUCGGGGAGUUCCCAGUAGAGCAGAGGAGACACUCAUGAACAGACAACUUCAGUACAAUGUGGUAAGUGCACGGAACAGUAGAGGUGAGUGUAGAGAGCUCUGGGAGUACAUAGGAGUUAUUAACCUAUCCAGGCUACACAGGGAAGGGAUAGGAGUAGUGUUGGGAGCUUAUAAAGCAAUAAGAAGGUAAGAAAAGAACCAUCUGGCAUAGAUACAUAUAUAACAAUGCCCCCAAACAGCCUUCUUACUUUAUACUUGAGGAGCAAACUAAGCAGUAGAGUCUAUAGAAAACAGUGAGUAAACAAUGGGGUGACGAAUUCUUUCCUCCUUCGUCUCCAUAUGUUGUGGUUAACCCACCACAUAUGCUCCCUAGAGGUUCCAGUCCACAUCUACAGUCUGAAACCUAAGCAUCUCCAUGCAUAAUGGGGCCUCAAGAAAUGUCAUGGAACACUGACUCUCAUUGACAGAACAAUAUCCUAAGUCGCUUCAUGGUCUGCUAUAGCAUAUCCUCUGGGGGUUGCAGAAGAUUGGACCUCUAAUCACUGGUUGGGGCAUGUGUAUCAGCUUUUUCAGAAAAGAUUAUUUGGCUGAAGAGCCUCACAUAUCCUAUCAUAAAAGUUACAAUUCUCUAUCCUAUGUUGCUGUCUUAACAUACCUUAAACUAAAACUGUAUUCAUAAAGGGUUUAUAUACAUUUUAAAAACAACAAAAUAUCCUUUAAAUAUAAGGCAAUCGAGCAGAAGCAAGAAGAACUACAAUCCUGCAGCCUGUGGAACAAAAACCACAUUCACAGAAAGAUAGACAAGAUGAAAAGGCAGAGGGCUAUGUACCAGAUGAAGGAACAAGAUAAAACCCCAGAAAAACAACUAAAUGAAGUAGAGAUAGGCAACCUUCCAGAAAAAGAAUUCAGAAUAAUGAUAGUGAAGAUGAUACAGGACCUCGGAAAAAGAAUGGAGGCAAAGAUCGAGAAGAUGCAAGAAAUGUUUAACAAAGACCUAGAAGAAUUAAAGAACAAACAAACAGACAUGAACAAUACAAUAACUGAAAUGAAAACUACACUAGAAGGAAUCAAUAGCAGAAUAACUGAGGCAGAAGAACGGAUAAGUGACUUGGAAGACAGAAUGGCGGAAUUCACUGCUGCAGAACAGAAUAGAGAAAAAGGAAUGAAAAGAAAUGAGGACAGCCUACGAGACCUCUGGGAAAACAUUAAAUGCAACAACAUUCGC